UUUCCCGGCGCUUCGCCGGCCCUCUCCGCGUCCCGGGAUAAAUCGGUUUGGAACACGUCUGGCUGGGAGGCGCGAGGGCUGAGAGCAGCUGAGCGGCCCGGGCCAGGUUCUCACGGACUCUUGGGGUCUGGCAGACGCGGCCGCUCCCGUCACUGCGGCGCGGGCCGAGCUCACGGCCGCGCGCCCGCCGCAGCCGCCUCCAUGCUGCAGCGCGGGGCUCAGUUCCACUCGGCCAGGAGGCCGCCGUUGCCUGCACGCGCCGCCUUGGGAAGCUCGGUUCCCUGGCCCGCCCCGGCAGCGGCCGCCGCCCCAGACCUCAGCUGCUCGCCUUGCGCCUGAACUGCGGAUUCGCCCCAGCGCGGUGGCCAGCGGGCGGGGCGCUGUGUGCAGCCGCGCGCAGGGAAGCGGUGAGCGUGUGCAGAACUGCCCCAGCCGAGGACUAUGUAUGUGUGUGCGCGUGUGUGCAUGUGUUUGCUGGUGUUUUUCCUUCUUCCCUUGAGGGUGUGAAUUGUUUCGCAGCUGGCUGCUCCCUUAGGAUUCUUGACUUUGGGGAGCUCUGGGCUGUGAGCACAACCCACCCGUAUAAUCCAUUUUGCACGGUCGGUUAUAUCAGGGAAAAAAAAAAAAAGCGCAACUGGACGGGGGUGGGGCAGACCGACGAAACCUGGAAACACACACGCACUCACAGGAGAGAUGAAAAAUUGAAAGACUUGAGAAGACUUUGAUAACCUCCCUGCUGGCCCUUCUGUUUUCCGGAAAGAUCCUGGAUGUUGGCUACCUUUUCAAGUCGUCUUGGCAUGUCUCUAGUGUUUUGUAAGCUGCUUUCCAGCUAGCUGCGUGUGUGUGUGCGCGCGAGUGUGUACGCGCGCGCCUAUCUCAUGCAUUUGACUGUCUUUUAUCCAACUGCCCAGAAUGUGUUAACUCGGCGAUGCCCCUUCAUGCCCGGGUUCUUGCAGAGCUCUGAGGACGCCCGGACCCAUUUUCCUGGCUGGAUUUGGAGCGGCUGCUGGGCUGUGGACCCAGGUGUGUGGAUCACUUUACCCAGAAGCUUGGAAAGCGCCAGUUUUUAACCGGCUUCCAGGUACAUCACAAGGUCAAGAGAGGGUCUUGCAGCCCUCUUGUUUCCGUGUAUCUACACCUUCUCGUCUUGGCCAGAAGGAUAUUUACGUUUUGGUCCACAGCAUUUGAAGCCAAAAGUUCAGCCCGUCGAGCUGUUUUGCUAUACAAAAAGAAAAAAAACAAGGUAAUGAGGAUUGCUUAUCAAACUGCCUAACAUAAUCCUCACUCUUCCGCAGCCUUUUCCCGUCUCCCUCCUCCCCACCAAAAUGUCACCAGCUCUUGAAUUACGUGGAUUCGGGUUGGAGGAGAACUUGAAGGAAACGUGAUUAAACGGCUAUGCGAGAACGCUCUCUUUGCUGCCCGCGGUCCGGUGGGCUUCGAAGCCACUCGUGAGAAGGACUGCUUCCCUCCGUGCUGCCUUCCUCCCCGUGCAGUGUUGGGUGUGAGUGUGCAAGUGUGAGUGCAAGUGCGCGCGCCUGGGUACGAGUGUGUGAGUGUGAGCGUGUCUGUGUGUGCGUGCGCGGCCGCCCUGCCUUUGCCCGCUCCCCAGGCGCGGAGCCGCGGGUUUCAUGGGGCGAUUGCCGCGGAUCCCCCACCCAGCGCGACCUGCGGGCAGCGGCGGCAGUGGCAGGAGCCGCCUUUCCGACUCCCUAGGAUGCGGGUGCUGAGCUAUGGCAAAGGGCAGCGAAGUGACGAGCGAGACCCGGGUACGACUGUGAAAGCCACCUGGAGCCACCUUGUCGGGAUUGUACCUGCAGGCAGAAAGUCUUCCUAUGACCGUCUUUUCCCCUAGAGGCACCAGAACCCCUGUAAGCAUUCAGCCAGGUGUUGAGAAGAUAUGUAGCAGCUGAGAACCCAUCUUUUGACACCAUCCUCAGAAACCAGCUUUGGAGAUGCUUUCACUCUGUCCGUCUUCUGCAGCAGCCAGGCAGAGUGCUGACUCCUUCACAGCAGUGAGGAACUCUUCAGGCUCCAGAAGCUCUUAAAUCUGAUCUACAAUGGAAAAAAUUCUUUUUUAUCUGUUUUUCAUUGGCAUAGCAGUGAAAGCUCAGAUCUGUCCAAAGCGUUGUGUCUGUCAGAUUUUGUCUCCUAAUCUUGCAACCCUUUGUGCCAAGAAAGGGCUUUUAUUUGUUCCACCAAACAUUGACAGAAGAACUGUGGAACUUCGGUUGGCAGACAAUUUUGUUACAAAUAUUAAAAGGAAAGAUUUUGCCAAUAUGACCAGCUUGGUGGACCUGACUCUAUCCAGGAAUACAAUAAGUUUUAUUACACCUCAUGCUUUCGCUGACCUACGAAAUUUGAGGGCUUUGCAUUUGAAUAGCAACAGAUUGACUAAAAUUACAAAUGAUAUGUUCAGUGGUCUUUCCAAUCUUCAUCAUUUGAUAUUAAACAACAAUCAGCUGACUUUAAUUUCCUCUACAGCAUUUGAUGAUGUCUUCGCCCUUGAGGAGCUGGAUCUGUCCUAUAAUAAUCUAGAAACCAUUCCUUGGGAUGCUGUUGAGAAGAUGGUUAGCUUGCAUACCCUCAGUUUGGAUCACAAUAUGAUUGAUAACAUUCCUAAGGGGACCUUCUCCCAUUUGCACAAGAUGACUCGGUUAGAUGUGACAUCAAAUAAAUUGCAGAAGCUACCACCUGACCCUCUCUUCCAGCGAGCUCAGGUACUAGCAACCUCAGGAAUCAUAAGCCCAUCUACUUUUGCAUUAAGUUUUGGUGGAAACCCUUUGCAUUGCAAUUGUGAAUUGUUGUGGUUGAGGCGUCUGUCCAGAGAAGAUGACUUAGAAACUUGUGCUUCUCCUCCACUUUUAACUGGCCGCUACUUUUGGUCAAUUCCUGAAGAAGAGUUUUUGUGUGAGCCUCCUCUCAUUACUCGUCAUACACAUGAGAUGAGAGUCCUGGAGGGACAAAGGGCAACACUGAGGUGCAAAGCCAGGGGAGACCCUGAGCCUGCAAUUCACUGGAUUUCUCCUGAAGGGAAGCUUAUUUCAAAUGCAACAAGAUCUCUGGUAUAUGAUAACGGAACACUUGAUAUUCUUAUAACAACUGUAAAGGAUACAGGUGCUUUUACCUGCAUUGCUUCCAAUCCUGCUGGGGAAGCAACACAAAUAGUGGAUCUUCAUAUAAUUAAGCUCCCUCACUUACUAAACAGUACAAACCAUAUCCAUGAGCCUGAUCCUGGUUCUUCAGAUAUCUCAACUUCUACCAAGUCAGGGUCUAAUACGAGCAGUAGUAAUGGUGAUACAAAAUUGAGUCAAGAUAAAAUUGUGGUGGCAGAAGCUACAUCAUCAACAGCACUACUUAAAUUUAAUUUUCAAAGAAAUAUCCCUGGAAUACGUAUGUUUCAAAUCCAGUACAAUGGUACUUAUGAUGACACCCUUGUUUACAGAAUGAUACCUCCUACGAGCAAAACUUUUCUGGUCAAUAAUCUGGCUGCCGGAACUAUGUAUGACUUAUGUGUCUUGGCCAUAUAUGAUGAUGGCAUCACUUCUCUCACUGCCACAAGAGUCGUGGGUUGCAUCCAGUUUACUACGGAACAGGAUUAUGUGCGUUGCCAUUUCAUGCAGUCCCAAUUUUUGGGAGGCACCAUGAUUAUUAUUAUUGGUGGAAUAAUUGUAGCAUCUGUGCUGGUAUUCAUCAUCAUUCUGAUGAUCCGGUAUAAGGUUUGCAACAAUAAUGGGCAACACAAGGUCACCAAGGUUAGCAAUGUUUAUUCUCAAACUAACGGGGCUCAGAUACAAGGCUGCAGUGUGACGCUGCCCCAGUCUGUGUCCAAACAAGCUGUCGGACACGAAGAGAAUGCCCAGUGUUGUAAAGCUGCCACUGACAAUGUGAUUCAAUCUUCAGAAACUUGUUCGAGUCAGGACUCCUCUACCACUACCUCUGCUUUGCCUCCUUCCUGGACUUCAAGCACUUCUGUGUCCCAAAAGCAGAAAAGAAAGACUGGCCCAAAGCCAAGUACCGAACCACAGAAUGAAGUUGGCACAAAUGUUGAGUCCCAAAACACUAACAGGAACAACUCAACUGCCUUGCAGUUAGCUAGCCGACCUCCCGAUUCUGUCAGAGAGGGGCCCACAUCUAAAAGAGCACAUACAAAGCCAAAUGCUUUGCUGACUAAUGUUGACCAGAUUGCCCAGGAAACACAGAGGCUGGAGUUAAUCUGAAGAGCACGACUUCUCCCCUCCCUACUGAAAAUAAUUGCCACUGAUAUUUUUACUGGAUAAAAUUCAAAAAUGUUUCAAUUCACAAAGGCUAAUUGUUGAACUGGUGUCGUAGAAGAAAUUGUCUACAGGAGCCGAGGUGAAAGUCUCUGAUACUGGCGGAACUGGCUCCAUCAGACCAUGGUUCAUCCUCUUUCAAAACCAAAUUUUUUUCUUCUGGCCUACAAGUAUUUUUUAUUUUUAAGAAAGAGAAAAUGCCUACAUUGACAUCAAGUUCUGUAUCAAUCCAUCUUACAUUGCCAUUCAUGAUUUAACAGACUGUAGAAUCUUGAAUAAUCUAUAUCACUUUAACAAAUAAAUGUUUUACUAUGACAGAA